AUGCGAGUCGAACGAUCUUUGCUCCUCACUGCCCUCUUCGGUGCGUUCGCUACCUUUGUAGCUGCCCAAAACGAGAACGGGUCCGAAGCUGAGGAAGGUGCCCCAGAAGAGUCCAGUGCUGCCGAGACUGGAGCUGCCGAAUCUGGAGCUUCCUCCGCUGCUGCUGGUGCCUCUUCCGCUGCCAGUGAUGCCGAGGGUGCCGCCUCGUCAGCCGUCGCAGGAGCUUCUUCAGCCGUCUCAUCCGCCGCGGCUGGUGCUUCCUCCGCCGUCUCUGGUGCUGUCUCCGGUGCCUCUUCGGCCGCUGGUGCAGCCGCUACUGGAGCUUCCUCGGCUGCUGGGGGAGCCUCAUCUGCCGCUGGGGGUGCAUCCUCUGCUGCCGGUGGUGCCGCUACCGCCGCCUCGUCCGCCGCCGGAUCAGGUUCCAAAGCCGCCACUUCCUCUGCUGCUGCUACUUCCGGUGCUUCCAACUCGUCAGCUUCUGGAAACGGCUCCGAUUCAGGGGCUUCACCACUCGUCGGUAUCGCUCACGGAUCCGAAUGGCUUACUGGUGCCGCGGUCGUCGCCGGUGCCUUCGGUGCUGGUGUUGCUGCUCUCUUUUAA